ACAGAGACAGACAGGAGAGAGAGACAGACAGGUGGACAAACACCCAUGCUGUGUGCUUCCUUCACGGACCUCCUCUUCUUCUCCUCUUCCUCCUCGUCUCCUCCUCUUCUUCUCCUCUUCCUCCUCCUCCUCCUCCGUCUGAACCGGAUCCCGGAGAGAGAAACCCAGAGAAUGAAGCGUCUGUUCCCGCUGCAGUGAUCCGCUCCUCUCUGGUGCAGCUGUAAAACUAUGGUGUAUGCCCAGUCAUCAAACACAGUUGGUGUCAAUCCCUCCCUUCGCUAUCGAUCUUUCAUGUAUCAGAUGUCAUUUAACUACUCUGAGAGGGAGAACUCGACUGUCCUGGCAACCUUACCCACAACCCCCCUCUGCAGCCUCGAGGGCUCGUUGUCCAGUAGGCCGAACGGGACGUCCGUCUCCUACGAGCUGACAUCCGGCGAGGUCGCCGUCCUGGGUUUGGUGUUCUCAGUUCUCUGGUUGGUGUCCAUCCUGGGAAAUGCCCUCGUCUGCCUGGUCAUCCACCGGAGCCGCCGGACUCAGUCCACCACCAACUACUUUGUGGUGUCUAUGGCGUGUGCAGACCUGCUCAUGAGCCUGGGUUGGGCGCCCUUCAUCCUCCUACAGGUAGCCUCAGGCCGAUGGCCGCUGAGCGCCGCGGCUUGCAAGGCCGUGCGCUACCUGCAGCACCUGUGCCCAGGUGUGCAGGUCUACGUCCUGCUGUCCAUCUCCGUAGACCGCUUCUACACUAUCGUCUACCCGCUCAGCUUCAAGGUGUCCAGAGAGAAAGCCAAAAAGAUGAUCGUAGCCUCGUGGCUGUUUGACGCUGCCUUUGUGUCGCCCUGCCUCUUCUUCUACGGCUCUACGUCUACAGGCAGCAGUCACUGUGACUUCUUCCUCCCGGACAGCUGGGGCAGCGUAGCCUACGCCGCCGUUCACCUCCUGGUUGGUUUCUUGGUGCCGGUGGCGCUGAUCGUGUCGUUCUACCAACGGGUGGUUCGCUACAUCUGGAGGAUCAGCGCCGACGGACACACGGUGCGGCGGACGAUGAACAUCGUCCCGCGGACUAAAGUCAAGACCAUCAAGAUGUUCCUCGUGUUGAAUUCAGUUUUCUUCCUCACCUGGACGCCGUUCUAUGUCGCCCAGCUGUGGCACCCGAGGGAGUCCGACGGACCCAGUAGGAAGGGGCUGCUGUUCUUCACGGCCAUCGCCUGGAUCUCCUUCAGCUCCACGGCAUCCAAGCCCACUAUGUACUCCGUCUACAACGCCAACUUCAGGAGGGGCAUGAGGGAGACCUUCUGCAUGUCCUCCAUGAAAUGCUACCGCAGCAACGCUUACACCAUCACGGUGAGCUCUCGCGUGGCCAAGAAGAACUACAUCGGGGUGGUGGAGAUCCCCGAGCAGGCGAAGACAGUCGCCAAGGACUCGGUUUACGAUGCGUUUGGCCGAGAGGCGAAAGAAAAGAAGGUGGCCUGGACCACCAACGCCAACCCUCCCAACACUUUCGUCUAAGUGAGUUGGGACGAUUUGGAAAGUUCUGAAACUUUUUCUUCAACAGCACAUCAGUGUUAGCAAGCAACCUAGCUAAGGACCAACAUGCUAAGGACCAACACGCUAAGGACUAACAUGCUAAGGACUAACAUGCUAAAGACCAACACGCUAAGGACCAACAUGCUAAGGACCAACAUGCUGGGGACCAACAUGCUAAGGAUGCUGACGCUAACACGCUAACCUUUUAUUCAACCACGACGAGUUCAGAUUGUAUGAAGGGCUUUCUCUAUGAUGUAACCUUCUGGCAGCCAUAUUGGCGGUUUUUAUAUUUCAGAUUUUAAUCAUAAUUUAUUUCUGCGAUAUGUUUUUUAUGAACUGCUUUUCUUUUUGUGUCAUUGAUGCAUGAGAUUCUGUUUUUCUAAUGUCAGCUUGUUAGCUAGCUAGCUAACAUCGUCUGUGGCCAUCUGUCUGGUUGUAAAUGCAUCUGGUUUGCGGCAGUAAUGUACGUGGUUGAAGCUAACAUUAGCGUCUGCUUUGUUUGUUCAGGUAAACUGAACCGAGUCCUCUCUGAGUUUCUCCACAUGUUGUCCAGUAAACACAAGUGGAGGCUCUAGAGCAGAGGUCUAGAGCAGAGGUCUUCAACAGGGGGUCCGCGGAAUUUUUCGUUGAUUAGAAAAAAAAAAAAAU